CCUCAGCACGUACAGGAAACAUGGCGGCGUUCAGUGUGGCUCGGAGCAGCUGUGGACUGAUAAAUGGACUCAGGACAUCGUUCAGGAGUUUGGCUCAGGUCAAACAUGUUCAGACAGUCCAACAAUGCAGCGAGAAAAGGCUCUGGCGCUGGUACUCGGUCAGCCACCUGUCCGUGAAAGAGAGGAUCGACAACAAAAGGAAGGCAGCGCUGGUCGGCGGAGGUCAACACAGAAUAGAUGCGCAGCACAAAAGGGGAAAGUUGACAGCCAGAGAGCGAGUGGAGCUUCUUCUAGACCCAGAGUCAUUUGUGGAGUCGGACAUGUUUGUGGAGCAUCGCUGCUCUGAUUUUGGCAUGGAGCAAGACAAAAACAAAUUCCCAGGUGACAGCGUGGUAACCGGCCGAGGCAGAAUUAAUGGACGACUUGUUUAUGUGUUCAGCCAGGAUUUUACAGUGUUCGGUGGUAGCUUGUCUGGAGCACAUGCACAAAAAAUAUGCAAAAUAAUGGAUCAGGCCAUGACGGUCGGGGCACCAGUGAUCGGCUUAAACGAUUCUGGAGGAGCUCGAAUCCAAGAGGGAGUUGAGUCUCUUGCUGGAUAUGCAGAUAUUUUCCUGAGAAAUGUUUUGGCAUCCGGUGUAGUCCCUCAGAUUUCCCUCAUCAUGGGCCCCUGUGCUGGAGGAGCGGUCUACUCCCCUGCACUGACUGAUUUUACUUUCAUGGUUAAGGACACAUCGUACCUGUUUAUCACGGGUCCUGAUGUAGUAAAGUCCGUCACAAAUGAAGAUGUGACUCAGGAAGAACUUGGAGGAGCGAAAACACACACCACUGUCUCUGGCGUGGCUCACCACGCAUUUGAAAACGACAUUGACGCCCUUCUCAACUUGAGGGACUUUUUUUAACUAUUUACCACUCAGCAACAAAGACCAGCACCAAUCAGGGAGUGCCAUGACCCAAGUGAUCGUCUUGUACCAUUUUUGGAUACAAUUGUACCACUUGAGUCAACCAAAGCCUAUGACAUGUUGGAUAUUAUAAAAGCUAUUGCUGACGAAAGGGAGUUUUUUGAAAUUAUGCCCAACUACGCCAAAAACAUAGUGGUUGGAUUUGCUCGAAUGAAUGGACGCACUGUGGGCAUGGUGGGAAACCAGCCUAAAGUAGCAUCUGGUUGUCUGGAUAUUAACUCUUCCGUAAAAGGAGCUCGCUUUGUACGUUUUUGUGACGCUUUCAACAUUCCCAUCAUCACUUUUGUAGAUGUGCCAGGCUUCUUGCCAGGUACAGCACAGGAAUACGGAGGCAUCAUCAGACAUGGAGCCAAACUGCUGUAUGCUUUUGCAGAGGCAACAGUUCCCAAAAUUACUAUAAUUACAAGAAAGGCUUAUGGAGGAGCUUAUGACGUGAUGAGUUCUAAACAUUUGAGAGGAGACGUGAACUAUGCCUGGCCCACAGCUGAGGUCGCCGUGAUGGGAGCAAAGGGCGCUGUUCAGAUCAUCUUCAGAGGGAAGGAGAACCAGGCAGAGGCGGAGGCAGAAUACGUGGAAAAAUUUGCAAAUCCCUUCCCCGCUGCUGUCAGAGGUUUUGUGGACGAUAUCAUUGAGCCAGCCACAACUCGAAAGAAGAUUUGCAGAGAUCUGGAAGUUCUGGCGAGUAAACAGCAGACCAACCCCUGAAGAAAACACGCCAACAUUCCUCUAUAAAGACACAAGACUGGUUUAGUGAUAUUAAAGUAGUUGAGGUGAAUGAUUUCUUUUCUUUAUGGACUGCAGAGGUGCUAUUUGUAACUUAUGAGUUUGGAUCCUAAACAGAAAUAGAUUCUUCUUGCAGUUUGAAUUACCUCCACUGUAAAAAAAAAAAAAAAAAAAAAAAGUCUCAAUUUUGUGAGAAAGCAAAAGUGAAAUAUGAUGUUUCCUCAAGAUAUCAGAAUGUAUCAGUGAUAAUGUCAGAAAAUGAUGGAUAUUAAAUAACCUACAGCAGGUCAAAGAACCAUAUUUGCAUAUUUGUAUUAAGUUAAGAAAAGCACUAAAAUUUUGCAGGUUUAAUUAGGUAUUAUAAAUAAAUACGACUGUGAUGCAUACAUAUAACGGCACUUUUGGCAGAAAUUGAUAACUGUCGUCUUAUUUCAGAACUCCAGAUUAACGAUGCGAGUUGGGUACUGAUGCGCCCAUUUGAAUGAGAAAAUGCUAUGUAUGGGCCAUAUUGGUUUCCUUUUAUGAAAACCGUUGUAUUAGACACCAACUACUCUCUCUCCUGUACUGUACAUCUUUAUAAGUCUUUUUUUCUUUGCUUUCAGACCCUUUGUUUAACCUAAUAAGGUCAGGAAACUUAACUGUGCCUUUUCUACUUCUCUUUGUGUAAUAAAUCUACCUUGAU